UUUUGUUUUAAAAGUCAAUAGUAUUACAAACAAAGGAUGCAGAAUUUAUUAGCCUUGAACCUCCACGGGCCACUCGCAUUUUCCAUACGCCUCGAUCAGUAGAUUGGCGAGAUAUCUUGCCUCAACCAAAUGAUUGGACUCGCCGCUAGCACGAACUAGAGCCGGAGGAGAACAAAUUAUUGACAGCUAGAAUGCCUGGCCAUGGAGCCGAGAGUUCUCGACCAAGUCGCUCUCUCCCAAUCACUGCGGGACAUUGGAAAUGUGGGGGAUUUUGCCGCCGCGCGGGCGAUCGAUCUGAAAAUCCGGGAGAGAGGGGACAGAUACCUCAGCAAUCUGAUGAUCGAGGCCUACGGGAAGUGCCACAGCCCCCAACUGGCGUUGGAAACCUUUCACGCUAUCAAGAACCCUAACCUCUUCUCAUAUAACAUCGUGAUCGAGGCGUGCGCCAAGAACGGAUGGAUCGACGAUGCGCGCUCGCUGUUCGAUGGCAUGCCUCUCCAGCACGUGAUCUCCUGGACGACAAUCCUCACCGCGUAUGCCCAGGCCCGGGAUCUAGCCCAAGCACGCAAGCUCUUCGAAUCUAUGCCCGAGAGAACCCUUGUUUCCUGGACAGCGAUCCUUGGUGCCUAUGCACAAGAGGGAGAGAUUGAAAAAGCAAAGGUCGUCUUCGAUCUAAUGCCCGAGAGAAAUAUUAUAUCCUGGAAUGCUCUUCUUGCGGCAUUUGCCCAGCACGGGCAUUUGGAAUCAGCGGAGCUAUUUUUUGAUUCUAUGCCAGAACACAAUGUUUCGUCCUGGAACGCGAUCAUGGAUGCCUUUGCACAAGAUAAUCAACUACAAAAAACGCUGCAUUUGUUCCAAGCCAUGGCUGAACGGGAUCUUAUCAGCUGGACGUGCGUGAUCACAGCUUAUUCACUUGCUGGGCAUCUCGUUUUAGCAAGAAAGACCUUUGAUUCCAUGCCCGAGCGCGAUCUCGUUACGUGGACCGCCAUGAUCCAGGCAUACGCUCAUAACGGGGAGCCAGACAGGGCGCGCGAACUCUUUGAAAAGAUGCCCUUCCACAACGUGGUGGCCUCCACGGCAAUGGUGGCGGCAUAUACCUUCAGAGGCCAAAUGGACGAGGCAAGAAAACUCUUUGACUCUCUUAUCAAAGUCAACAUGGUGACCUGGAAUACCAUCUUGACUGGAUAUUCGCAGCAUGGGCAUCUGGAGCAAGCGCGCGCCAUUUUCGAUACCAUGCCCGAGAGGGACACGAGCUCCUGGAACGUCCUAAUCGCGGCAUAUGCCCAGGCAGGGUAUCUCGUCGAGGCCGAGAAGCUCCUCACCAGAAUGGAGCGCCUGGAUGAGGCGUCGUGGACGGCUCUCAUUGUCGCCCACCUCUACCACGGCCACCUCCACGAAGCCAAGAGCAUCUUCGACAGCAUGACCGUGCGAGACAUCGUCUCCUGGACAAGCAUGAUCUCCAUGUACGGACAGAUCGGGGAGGUGGAGCUCGCGAAACUCGUGUUUGAUUCCAUGCCGCUGCGCAACGAGGUCUCGUGGAACUCGAUGGUUUCCGUGUACGCACUGAACGGACGCUACUCCCCCGCCGUGGAGAUCCUCCGCGACAUGGAUCUCGAAGCCUCGAGCCUCAACGACAUAACCUUCGUCGACAUUCUCAGCGUUUGCAGUCACCUCGGCCUGCUGAGCGAGAGCCGGAGCCUGUUUGGAUCGAUGAUCCAGGACCGAGGGAUGGUCCCGACGAUGGAACACUUCGGGUGCCUGGUGGGCGUCAUGGGACGCUCGGGGCAUCUCGAAAAGGCCCAGGAGCUCGUCCAAUCCAUGCCUUACACCCCGGACUCUGCUGCCUGGAUGACGCUGGUGGGAUCUUGCAAGCUCCACCACGACGUUGGCCGGGGAUCCCACGCGGCCAAGCGAGCCUCCAAGCUCACCACGCUAAAGUCCGCGCCAUACGUUCUGCUCUACACCAUGUACGCAAAUGACCGUGGAGAUCGUUUGGAUCAAAAUUGACCAUUGUGAAAUUCAACGGCUUGACCGUGUCGAUAUUUUCAGACACUACUGA